AUGCUAAAGGUUAGACCUCUUGUGACCGACUUGAUGAGGUGUAAUAUUGGAGAUGGGAAAAGUGUGAGCUUUUGGCAUGAUUGGUGGACUGAUUUUGGGCCUCUAGUCUCUAUGUUUGGCGAGAGAGAACCGAGGGAGCUGCAGAUCCCUCUUGACUCGACGGUUUGCAAUGCAACCCAGAAUGGGUUCUGGUCACUACCUCCAGCCAGGUCUGAAGAGGCAGAAACACUUCAAGUGGUUCUAGCCACAAUGGAGGCUCCUUUAGAGUCGCGUGGAGGGGACAGAUUCUUGUGGAGGAAUGGUCCUUGUUCUUAUUUGCCAAAAUUCUCGUCAAAGGGGACGUGGAACUUCAUUCGGCAGGUUUCUCCUACAGUUCCUUGGUCAAAGCUUAUCUGGUUCAAGGAGGAGAUACCCCGAUGUACCUUUGUUACGUGGCUAGCUAUUCAAGCAAGGUUGCCAACCCGUGAUAGGCUGGUAUCUUGGGGAAUGAACGUUCCAGAGGCAUGUCCUCUCUGCCCUGAUGGAUUGGAAACACAUGAUCACUUGUUCUUCACAUGUGACUUCUCUAAACAGGUUUGGGAUCGCUUCACUGGCUGGAUGCUGCCUACAACUCCAGUUUCUUUCGACUCCUUGCUGUCUCUCAUUGACCACCAGCGGUUCGUGACUUAUAGGGGUGGUCGAUCGGUCUUAAAACUCUUGCUGCAGGUAAUAGUUUAUAGCAUUUGGCGUGAGAGGAACAACCGCAUCUUCAGGCAAGCAACAUCUCCUGUAGCUGCGGUCGAUGCAGGAGUUGAUCGGCUAAUGCGAGAUCGCCUCCUCUCAGUUCCACCCCGUGCUGAAGACUCCUUUUCUUUGCUGCAGCUCUUCUUUUCGAUUAUGUAUUCUUACCCUCCUUAA